AUGUCCGUAUUAGAGAGAUAUCCGUAUUGGAGAGAUGCCCGUAUCAGAGAGAUGUCUGUAUUAGAGAGAUAUUCGUAUUGGAGAGAUGCCCGUAUCAGAGAGAUGUCUGUAUUAGAGAGAUAUUCGUAUUGGAGAGAUGCCCGUAUCAGAGAGAUGUCCGUAUUAGAGAGAUAUUCGUAUUGGAGAGAUGCCCGUAUCAGAGAGAUGUCUGUAUUAGAGAGAUAUCCGUAUUGGAGAGAUGCCCGUAUCAGAGAGAUGUCUGUAUUAGAGAGAUAUCCGUAUUGGAGAGAUGCCCGUAUCAGAGAGAUGUCUGUAUUAGAGAGAUAUUCGUAUUGGAGAGAUGCCCGUAUCAGAGAGAUGUCUGUAUUAGAGAGAUAUUCGUAUUGGAGAGAUGCCCGUAUCAGAGAGAUGUCUGUAUUAGAGAGAUAUCCGUAUUGGAGAGAUGCCCGUAUCAGAGAGAUGUCUGUAUUAGAGAGAUAUUCGUAUUGGAGAGAUGCCCGUAUCAGAGAGAUGUCUGUAUUAGAGAGAUAUUCGUAUUGGAGAGAUGCCCGUAUCAGAGAGAUGUCUGUAUUAGAGAGAUAUUCGUAUUGGAGAGAUGCCCGUAUCAGAGAGAUGUCUGUAUUAGAGAGAUAUCCGUAUUGGAGAGAUGCCCGUAUCAGAGAGAUGUCUGUAUUAGAGAGAUAUUCGUAUUGGAGAGAUGCCCGUAUCAGAGAGAUGUCUGUAUUAGAGAGAUAUUCGUAUUGGAGAGAUGCCCGUAUCAGAGAGAUGUCUGUAUUAGAGAGAUAUUCGUAUUGGAGAGAUGCCCGUAUCAGAGAGAUGUCUGUAUUAGAGAGAUAUCCGUAUUGGAGAGAUGCCCGUAUCAGAGAGAUGUCUGUAUUAGAGAGAUAUUCGUAUUGGAGAGAUGCCCGUAUCAGAGAGAUGUCUGUAUUAGAGAGAUAUCCGUAUUGGAGAGAUGCCCGUAUCAGAGAGAUGUCUGUAUUAGAGAGAUAUUCGUAUUGGAGAGAUGCCCGUAUCAGAGAGAUGUCUGUAUUAGAGAGAUAUUCGUAUUGGAGAGAUGCCCGUAUCAGAGAGAUGUCUGUAUUAGAGAGAUAUCCGUAUUGGAGAGAUGCCCGUAUCAGAGAGAUGUCUGUAUUAGAGAGAUAUUCGUAUUGGAGAGAUGCCCGUAUCAGAGAGAUGUUCGUGUUAGAGAAAUAUCCGUAUUGGAGAGAUGCCCGUAUCAGAGAGAUGUUCGUGUUAGAGAAAUGUUCGUAUUAG